AGCUACAGAUUCUCCAUCCUCAGUCUUUGCAAGGGGACCGCUGUGCCAGCCAGCCAGCUCAGGCAGGUUCCUGGCAGCAUGGCUGUGAAGCUCGGGGCCCUCCUGCUGGGCCUUGCCCUUGGCCUGGCCCAGCCAGCCUCGGCUCGACGGAAGCUCCUGGUGUUCCUGCUGGAUGGCUUUCGCUCAGACUAUAUCAGUGACGAGGCCCUGGAGUCCUUGCCUGGGUUCAAAGAGAUUGUGAGCAGGGGCGUCAAAGUGGACUACUUGACCCCAGACUUCCCCAGUCUCUCUUACCCCAAUUACUACACCCUCAUGACUGGGCGACACUGUGAGGUGCAUCAGAUGACUGGGAACUACAUGUGGGACCCCAACACCAACAAGUCAUUUGACAUCGGUGUCAACAGAGACAGCCUGCUGCCUGUCUGGUGGAAUGGGUCGGAGCCGCUGUGGGUCACUCUGACCAAGGCCCAGAGGAAGGUCUACAUGUACUAUUGGCCGGGCUGUGAGGUUGAGAUUCUUGGCUUCAGACCCACGUACUGCCUAGAAUACAAAAACGUCCCGACGGAUAUCAAUUUCGCCAACGCAAUCAGCGACGCCCUCGACUCCUUCAAGAGCGGCCGGGCUGACCUGGCAGCCAUAUACCACGAGAGCAUCGAUGUGGAAGGUCACCACUAUGGGCCCUCGUCCCCUCAGAGGAAAGACGCCCUGAAGGCUGUGGACACCAUCUUCAAGCACAUGACCCAGUGGAUCCAGGAGCGGGAACUGCAGGACAAGCUCAACGUCAUCAUCUUCUCGGAUCACGGAAUGACCGACAUUUUCUGGAUGGACAAAGUGAUUGAGCUGGAUCAGUACGUCAGCCUGGCAGACCUGCAGCAAGUGAAGGACCGCGGGCCUGUCGUGAGCCUGUGGCCGGCGCCUGGCAGACACUCUGAGGUAUACAACAAACUCAGAGCAGUGGAACACAUGACUACCUACAAGAAGGAAGACAUUCCCGGCAGGUUCCAUUACAAGCAUGGGAGAUUUGUCUCUCCCUUGACCCUAGUGGCUGAUGAAGGAUGGUUCAUAACCGAGAGUCGGGAGCUGCUUCCGUUCUGGAUGAACAGCACAGGCCGGAAGGAAGGCUGGCAGCGUGGGUGGCACGGUUAUGACAACGAGCUCAGGGACAUGCGGGGCAUCUUCCUGGCCUUCGGACCUGAUUUCAAGUCCAACUUCAGAGCUGCUCCGAUCCGGUCCGUGGACGUCUACAAUGUCAUGUGCUGCGUGGCAGGCAUCGCCCCCCUGCCCAACAACGGGUCCUGGUCCAGGGUGAUGUGCAUGCUGAAGGGCCAGGCCAGCCCGGCCCCGUCAGUCCCGCCCAGCGGUUUGGCACUGGCCUUGGCUCUCCUCUUGCUGUUCCAAUAGCUGCUCCCUUUUGUUCUGAACACUCGGCUGAGGGGCCUCCACAGUGGAAAGGUUUUCAUUUUCUAUUUGAAUAAUAGCUUCAUUAACACAAUCAAGGCCACACAAUUUGUAAACAUAUUAUUCUUGGAUGAUUCUCUAUAUAAAAGUCCCUACUCCUUAAAAAAGAUCCAAACUUAAUUCUUUUUCUGAAGAUAAGGAACAUCUUGCACUUCAUUUGUUCAAGGGCAUGUCAUUUUUCUCCUUUUUUUCCCAUAUGGUAACUCAGAUGAGCUGCCAGGGAGCAAGCGGCCUUAAGCGGGUACCGCGUGAGAGCCCUGGGCCCCGCUCCGCCCAGCUGUGCACAGAGCAGCCCCCGGCCUGUGCCCUGUCCACACCCAGCAGCUGUCCUGGGGAUCCAGGGUCACCGUCCUGUACCGUGCCUUCCAUCCCAGGCAAAAGGGGAAGACCUCCCCCUCCCCAUGGCAGGCCUGGCUGCUGUCUGUGUGGGACCCGGCUUGUGGAGUUUCUCCAUCUUAAACAGAGUCCCACGAAGGGUGUACGUUAGCUUGGGUGGCCCAUCAAUCAGACAUCACUAAGGAUUAGAGAACUUGGAAUAAGGGGACAGGCAUGAGUCCCCUCCCAGAGUUGGGGUACACCAAAAAUGCCCUCCUGGCCUUCAGGAGCAGAAGAAUUCAUCAUAGAUCUGGCAUCUGUGUGACUUCACACAGAGCACCCGAAGCCUUGCCCAGAGAGGGCCCUGCGUGUUGUAGGGGAACCGGUGGAGUGACGCUGGCCGGCCGGCCUGCCUGCCUGUGCAGAGGCUUACUCAGACACUACCGUUCUGUCACCGCACGGGCCGUAGACUGCUGCGAUGCUGGACACACACCCCAGCUGGGACGGGGAUGCAUGGCUGAGGGCGGGUGGGCGCAUUGCAGAGGCUUCAGCCCCAGCUCGGAAUGGGGAUGCAUGAAGCCUGAGUUUCGUGUACCAGGAACCCAGAACUUUGCUUGUUGAAUAGCAGCGGCGCAGUGGGUCCUUGAGUGACCCAGAAUUCCAAGGAGAAUGAGGGGGCUGGAGAGAACAUGAUGGAGUCAGGUCCCCAUCACUAACCCACUACCCAUUUGAUCAGGAAACAGGGUGGCCGAAGCGCCGCCCACGGAGACUCAAGUUUCGCAGGACCCCAGAGAACCACCACUGAGCCUGGCUGAAAUGUUUCCAGUUCAACCAUCUGAGUCUGGUGCAGGAGACCUUGUGAAACACAGGGAUAAGUGCAUUUUGAAGUGACUGAAGCACACACAUUGUUGCAUUAAAAACAACUCUGCACUAAAUGAGCCAGAACUGCCAGUGCAACCUUCUGUCAGGGACAGAAUAACCCAAGUCUCCUCAGGACCAGAAGCCCUCAGAGGGUGUUUGCCUUGAGAAAUGGGUAUCAACGCCCAGCCCUGACUCAAGAAGGCUGGGAGCCGUCUCUGUGCCUUGCAUCAUGGGAGCAAAGGGUCACUGCUUAAACACAUUAAAUUUAUCUUCACAAAAGAUUUCUAAGGGUUUAUGUAAGAUGUUUUUGAAACGCAGCAUUGAAUCCAUGGGAAAGAAAGCAAACCGGCCUUUGUUAUCUGGCUGAAAGCACAUUAGUGCUCUCGACAUUGGCCGUGGUUGUUGAAACAUGCAUCUAUCAUUCAAAGGCUCUUUUCUCCUUAAAGGACGGUGCUCUGAUGAAUAUGCGGAGCCCGCCUUCCUCCCUUUCGAGGGAAGGAUCCCUGAAAGACAGCCAAGUGACUCACUUAAAAGUGGGUCAUCCAAAUAAGGAGGGGUGUGCCCAGGGGCACAGCCUCACGUGUCCCUCCAGCUCUGUCCACCGCUUUCCCUCACGACGCGUUCCUAACAUCUUCCAGUCACAUGAUAAAAUUUCAGGUAGGUGUCUGACAACUGUAGUGACUCAAUAAAUACUCUUGAGUCAACAAACGAGAAUAAGGUACCUUUGGAAUCGUGAAGAUUGGUAACUAACGCAGAAAAUUCAGCCCCUCGAUGGAGAAAAAACUUUUUGCCUCAAGUAAUGCAUACAUUUUAGUGGCUUUGGCUGAAUUUUUUUUCCUUUGAUUUUUGUUUUCAAGUUACAUUAUUUUCCCCAGGAAAAUUCUUGUUUCCCUAAAUGGUUUUGUUCCACUAGAGUAGAAAUCCGUGAGGAACACCCGCAGACGCCUUUUCUCCUGGAUUGUUUUGCUGCGCCAUGGCUCAUUCCAGAAGGACCACAGUGGGACUGACCUGCGCACACCGAGAUGCAUGAAAGGAAUGACCCCUAAACUGAAGAGGGACAAGAGCCCCUCUCCCUGACUGUAUGCGUGACCUCCAGAAUCCAACCCAAUUACGUCCUGAAGACAUCUGCAUGGACAAGCACAGGCCCCGGGGAAUAUGCUUUCCCGCCUGAAGAGUCCUGCACGAUCAAGUUCCAACUCCCUUUGCUCUUUGUUUUUUUAAAGGUUUUUAUUGUCGUUCAGUUACACUUGUCUCCAUUUUACCCCCAUUACUAACUGUCUUUCAUAUUCAAGAGGUCUUGGAAAUCCACAUCAGUUCUGAGUUCGGUCCCAGACACUAGUUCAUAAACGUCCUGGGGCGGCCAGCAUCCGCUGACCUACCUUCAGAGAUGCGAGUUGAGAGGGUCCACAUGGGGAAACAUUUUUAAGUUGCACCGAUGGAAGGUUUGGGUUCUCUCUAAGCAGAAAUGGGUUCUGAGAUGAGCCUGGUAGAGCCCAACCUCCUGCCAGGAACUCCAUAGCCCACCAGCGUCUCCUGGGGCCGGCCGAGCUGCUGACCCCAGCUGGGUCCGGCCUCCAGCCCUCCUCAAACCAAAGCAGAUCCGCAGGCCCCAGGGACUGAGAGAGGAGCCAGGAAGGCUCCCUGGGCUCCUCCACACCCUUGGCUCUCGUGGGUCUAAGAUUCCCAGCGGUGCUAUCAGACAAACUGGUUGUUCAAGACACACAGCUGUUUUAUGAAUUUCCUAACCCAGUGUUCUGCAUUUCUGUAAAUAUCAGGGAAUUUCCCAAUGUGAUUGUGUGUUUACCCUUUUUAAGCAAUUUGCGAAAGACCAAAGCCAGCACGCACAGACUACUCUGGAGAAGCACAGGAGGGCGCAGCCGUGGCAGACUGCUUACGAACACGGAAAACCCGGUCUCGGGCACAUGCGAUGAAUAUACACUUCAUCGUUCAACUUGUCACGUUGAAAUCAUAAAAUAGCCCCGAGUACAGUGCCUCCAAUGGGUCAUAAAUGUCCCGUAAAUAUGUGUUGAAUAAAAAAAGAAUAAAUGUCAUUAAAAGGGACUUGGCUUACACCUCAGAUACUCUCUCUCUCUGCAGUUAGUUCCUCAAAUUAAAUAAACAUUUUCUGUUUGGCUGGCUACCUUUUCUUGUCACCCAGUUGAUAA